AUGACCACGUUCGGCCGCUCGGCCGGAAAGAGGUUGCCUAUAAGCUGUCAGGCAUGCCGAACCAGGAAAAUCCGCUGCUCUCGCGACGGGCGUCCAUGUCAGACCUGUGUUCGCCGUGGCUUGGGGGCAGAAGACUGUAUCUACCUGGGCCAGCCACGACUCUCUUCCCAGCAAGCUUUGGUGGCUGCUCCACCUGAACAGAAUGAGUUGCUUUCCCAGAUUGGUAACCUCGAAGAUCUGCUCCAGGAACAGGUUCGAAUUCAGCCAAGCGACGUUACUCAUAUGUCACCCCAGAGAUCGCCUAGCGGCACCGAAAGUGGAGCCGAGUUGGAGCCUGCGUUCGAUACGUUCAGUGCCGGAUACGUUCGUUAUCUGCCGUGGGUGGCCUGUCUCCCCAUCUCCAGGGGUCAGUCGGCAGUUAAUGUCGAGAGCGAACUUCCGGACGAGAGCGAUGACCUGCAACUCCCCUUUGCCAAAAAUCAUGUUUCUCGAGAUGAGCUGUUAGCGAUUCUCCCCCCGCGCCGAUAUUGCGAUGCGCUCAAGGAUAUUUAUUUAAGAGUCUUCUCGCCUCUGUUCCACAUUCUGCACGACCUUACAUUCGAGACUGAAUAUCAACAAUUCUGCCACGAUGCAAACAGUGUGACCACUGCAUGGAUCGCACUUCUGUUCGCGAUCCUCUCGAUUGCAGUCACUGCGUUGAAAGACGAUGAGCUUCUACUUUCGGAUAUUGGGCGAGAGAAGACGGCUAGUCGAAACAUCAAAGCAUUAUCUGCACGCUAUCGGUCGGCCUCACUGCGAUGCCUGGCCGCAGAUAAUGUCCUAUCUCGACACUCAAUCAACUCCCUUCAAUCACUGAUCCUCGUAAAUUAUGCUCGAGCUCAACGUGGUCUUCCCAUCUGGACCCUGCUCGGAUUCACACAUCAUGUAGCCAUCUCCAUGGGUUGUCACGUCGAUCCCAGCCGAUUCGAUCUCGGUCUCAUCGAACAAGAGGAGCGCAGACGUGCCUGGAUGGGGCUCACUUCUCUAUUCACCAUUCAGAGUACACUUUUUGGCUGUUUGCACGACGGCAUCGCGCCCAAUGAUGUCAAGCUGGCCUUGGAUAUCAACGAUGUUGAUUUGCUGACGGGUUCUUUCCCGGGACAACCAACACAUCCAACGCACAUGACAUACCUACUGUUGGAGUCACAUCUUAACAGAGUUUUGCUGAUGAUAUGCGAAACUCUGUUUAGCGCGUCGCCGAGGUCUGAUCCGUACCAAUUGGAAGCUCAGAUUCUGGCCGUCCGUGAAAUGUGCGACCAGCGGUACAAGCCUACUUCCACCCUUGAGCCCAUCCUAUUGCCUCACCAGGCCAACCUGAACAUCCUCUACAGCUAUAUCCAUCAGCUACUUCUUCUUCUCCAUCGUCCAGCUCUUUGUGCCUACUUGCAAGCGGACUUUACGCCCGAAACGUACGCAGCGCGGACCAAAUGCGUCUCCUCCGCCCGGGCAUCUUUGGCCAUCUACCAAACCCUCCACGAGUCGCCUCCCUACGCCUCCUACAAAUGGUACAAUAGUUAUCUCGGCAGUUUCCACGCCUUCCACGCCGCCGUGGUUUUGUCCGCGACCCUGAUGUCCCCAGAAACACAGUUCGAGUUCGACGAAUCUAAGGGCCUACUCUGGGAUGCCCUGGAGACCUUUGCCGCUCUGUCCAACCGCAGCAAUUUCUGCAGCAAGGCUGUGCCAGUCCUGCGUCAGAUAAUUGAGACGACCUGCACCCACGGCCAACAAGUCCUGGCCUCGCUGGUAGGGAUGGAUGCUCAUGCCGCUGGCCUGAUCAGUCCUGCCGGAGACUAUGUGUCCUUCCCUCCCAUGCAAGCUAUCCCAGAGCAGCUGCUCGCGCAACUCCAGCCGCAGAAUUGGAUUAAUCCAGCCUCGGUCCCAUGGGAA